CGUCAAAAAGCAUUUACUGCACGUAGGUCGUCUGGCAUUGAGGAAGGAAGAGUGCCUUUUCCAGAACCUGUUUAGCACUGCAAUGCUGUAAAGCGAUUUUCAUUAUCAAUAUACUUUAUCGAAUUCUCCUCAGAAAUGAAUAUUUCAAUAUUUUCCAAAUCAAAUCAAAUCAAUUUAAAAAUUUAUCUAUUAGAGAGAUUUCAACAAGUUAGCAUAAGCUAUGUAUAGCUUUUUACCGAUAAAAAAUUCCAAAGUGGCAAUUUCUUCUAACUAUCAUACCAUGACCUACUAGCACAUAUUAUGUCUUAUCGAAAACCUGUUCAACUGACUUCAAUCGCAGAGAAAAACCAUGGCAAAAUGUGUGCUUAUUUUUGUUUUAACAUAUAAUUUGUGUACAGAUUUUGUUAAUUGUGACAAAAUCACUGGUAAUGAAUACCAAUCAAUGAAAGAUGAAAAUGAGCUUUUACGCGAGAGACUCGAAACGAUGGAUAGUAAAUUUAUGCAACUUCAGGAAGAUUUCAAAACUUUCAAAAGAGAACGUAGAGGUCGUGGGGAGAGAUUUGUUGCUGACGGAGAACUUGACAUAGAGCAAGAAGUAAUUAAACUGCGACAAGACGUGAACCAAAUAAAACAAGGAAUUGCAAGUUCCUAUGUUCGAUGGGGUAGAACAGUGUGCAGUGGCAAUGCCUCUCUUGUUUAUAAAGGCUACAUGGGUGGAAAUGCUUACACUGAUAAGGGUGGGCCAGCAAACUACGUUUGUUUACCAGAAGAUCCAAUCUGGGGAAAGUACCAAGAUGGAAUACAAGAUCAUGGUAUUAAAAUGUACGGUACAGAGUACGAACUGUCUGGUAGUUUCAAUCCAUUUGACAAAAACGUACAUGACGAGGAUGCACCCUGUGCUGUAUGCAGAACCCACUAUGAAACUACUAUAAUGAUACCGGCAAGGACGGACUGCUAUUCCGACUUGGGAGAAUCUUCUCUGAGGGUGGAACAAGGAGUACAGUGGCUAUUUGAUGUCAAUUUCAACCUAUCACCCGGCAGCCGGAGAAUACAUCUGUGUCGAUAGUGAUCCAGAGCAGAUCCUUCAUGGAACAGGAAACCAGAAUGGCAAUGUUCUCUACGUUGUAGAAGCGGCAUGUGGAUCUCUACCCUGCUUGCCAUAUGUGGAUGGAAGAGAACUGACGUGUGUUGUUUGUAGCAAAUAAAUGUAAUAAAGAUGAAACGUAA